AUGCGGACUUCUUGCUCUCGAUGGGUAAGCCAAGUGAGUCUGGAUAGGCCAUUUGCAAGUUUCGCCCGCUCACACAUUUCGUCCCUGAAUGGAACAGCGAUACAGCAAACCUUCCGACCGGUCCGUUGGUCGUCAACAAAUACACCGACUGUCGCAGAGGCAGCCAGCGUGAACGAUAAAAAGGGCUGGAAAAACAGGAUCGCAGAGAUCACAAAUAUUUACCGAGAACCAUACCCACGACUGUCCGUCGAUAAGCGGUCAAUCAGCUGUGACGAGUUCCACUCCAAAUAUAAAGACAUAAAACCGAACGAAACUGCAGAGCAGGACUUAGUGGUUAUCUAUGGUAGAAUACAAUCUACACGUAUUGCGGGGAGCAAGUUGAUAUUUCUUGACCUUGUGCAGAAUGGACGGAAAGUGCAGAUUCUGUGCAACCAGAGACAUCUGGAUGGCACUGGCGUGACGCCAGAGAAAUUUAAGCAGUUCUAUCAUCUGCUGCGGCGUGGGGAUGUUUUCUCUGCCAUCGGAAAACCCCAUAGAACAGGCCGCGGGGAGCUCUCCGUGACCGCAUCCGAGCUUCCCAAGCUCAUCACGCCAUGCCUACACGAUAUCCCGCUCCGUAUCAAAGAGCAAGAAUCUUCGCCGUAUCACCGGCACGUCCAACUACUCUCCUCCCCCACCGCGGCCGAUAUCCUUCGAGCUCGGUCAUCCAUCAUUCAGUACAUACGCACCUUUUUCCUAGACAAGUCGUUCAUGGAAGUGGAGACGCCAAUAUUGGCAUCUGUUGCCGGCGGCGCGGUUGCUAGGCCGUUCGAGACAUCCGCAACUGAAUUUCCUGACCGACCUCUGUCGCUGAGGAUUGCUCCAGAGCUAUGGCUCAAGCGCCUUGUUGUUGGCGGGUUCGAUAAGGUGUUUGAGAUUGGCCAAUCAUUUCGCAAUGAAGGUCUCGAUAAAACUCACAACCCUGAAUUCACAACCUGUGAAUUUUACCACGCAUUCGCCGACCUAGAAACGUUAAUAUCACUGACCGAGUCCAUUUUCACGGGUCUCUCGCAACACGUUCACAAUCUAAACCAAACACUACCAACCCUAUCGCCAACCACAGCCAGUUUCGCAGCGCCCUUCAGCCGCCUAGACUUCAUCCCAGAUCUCGAGGCAGCAAUGGGCCACAAGCUCCCAGACUUUGCCUCCACGCCUACUGAAGAAGCAGCAAAAAUAAUCCUCGACCUCUUCGAACAGCUGCACCACCCACCGCCGACAAACGCAACCCUCCCCCGCCUCCUCGACCGCCUAAGCUCCAUCUACCUCGAACCGCAAUGCAAAAACCCAACCUUCAUUAUCAACCACCCGGAAUGUCUCUCGCCGCUCUCGAAAUCGUUCAUCCACCCGGCCAACGGGCAAGUGGUGACUGCGCGAGCGGAGCUCUUCGUUGACAAGCGGGAGAUGGUGAAUAUGUACGAGGAGGAGAACUCACCGUUUGAGCAGAGGCGCAAGUUUGAGAUCCAGCUUGGGUUCCAGGGGCAGGCGGUGGAGGAGGAGGGGGAGGGGAAGAUGGAUGAGAGUUACGUGCAGGCGCUGCAGUGGGGGUUACCGCCGACGGGCGGGUGGGGGUGUGGGGUUGAUAGACUGGUGAUGUUGUUUACGGGGGCAGGGCGGAUUGGGGAUGUGUUGAGUUUUGGGAAUUUGAGGAGUGUGACGCGGUCUGAGUAA